AUGGCUGUACUUUAUCUCAUUAAGAAAUUUCGUAUUGCCAUUGACGAAACCCCCAUUUGUAUCUUCAUUGAUCUUAGCAAGGCAUUCUACUAUGUAACGCCACAAGGACAAAGUACAAGUGGCAGCAGUGCAAAAUACGGAGUUAGCAGUGCAAAACGCAGAGACAGCAGUGCAAAACUCAGAGUCAGCAGUGCAAAACACAUUAAAGGUGAAGACAAAGUUACUAUGUGUGCUGAUGGUGUGAUUAACGAAAUGACACUACAGAAGAAGCAUUAUUGUCCAGCUGGAUGCCGAUGUGAAGGCUUUACCAUUGAUUGCUAUGCAAUCAACUUGAAUUCAAAUAUAAGUUUCAAUCCUUCAGUGGAGAUCCUGGCUGGUCUUCUAACUGGACGCUAUCCUGUACGCACAGGAGUCUGGAAUAAUGAAGAUCGUAGGGCUGUUUUCCAUCAGGAAACUACGGAAGGCCUGCCACACACUGAGGUUACCAUUCCAGAAAUGUUGGCUAGGCAAGGCUACAAGUCCUCCCUCAUUGGCAAAUGGCAUCUUGGUGUUGGUUACAAUAGAGAAUAUCUUCCCUUGCAUCACGGUUUUGAUAAUUAUUUUGGGAUUCCACAUACUCAUGCAGAUUGUCCGUGUGAAAAGUGUUUUUUUCCAGAUGAUAACUGCACAUCCCAAGAUAGCUGUAAUUAUUCACAAGCUCCGUGUCAACUAAUGCUUGGAGAUGAAAUAAUUGAGCAACCCGUUAAUUUGAUAGAGUUAGCGGAGCGUCAAGCUAGAGCAGCGAGAAGUUGGAUUCAGGAAUAUUCUUGUACUGGAACUCCCUUUUUUCUCAUGUAUGCUUUCUUACAUACUCAUAUACCCAAUUUCGCAGGAAAAAGAUUUCGGAAUACAACUCUAGGUGGUGAAUACACCGACUCAUUAGCGGAAUUAGAUUGGCAAGUAGGAGAAGUGAUGGAUGAAUUGAAGAAGAGUGGAGUAAUUAACAAUACGUUAAUCAUUGUAACUUCGGAUAAUGGGGCGGCGUUGGGGGCUGUAACAAAGGGCGGGGUUUCCGGAGUGUUACGGUGUGGAAAAGGUUCGAUUUUUGAGGGCGGAGUUCGUGUUCCUACUGUAGCUUUUUGGCAAGGCCGUAUUUCGAGCGGAAUAUCAACCGAAUUUUUGAGUCAACUAGACAUCUGGCCAACGCUGAGAAGUUUAAGUGGUUCCUCUCCAGAUGAUUUUAACGUCAUUCUGGAUGGGUUCGAUUUCUCAGAUGUACUAUUCAGAAAUAAAAAGAGUACAAGAUCAUCCAUGCUGUAUUAUCAUACGAAGCCUGAUCCAAGAUUUGGACCGUAUGCAGUUCGUAACGAACGAUAUAAAGCGCAUUUUAUUGUCGAAUGUGAAGAAUCAUGCGAAAGAAGUACUUCGCAAUCGGAUUGCCCCACUACCUUCCACGAUCCUCCACUUCUCUACGAUCUCCUUCUUGACCCUGAAGAGCGUGUUGAUUUGAGUGAAUUGGAGGAAUUUCAGCAAAUAAUUCAAGAUAUGACAAACCUUCGGCUUCAAGAAUCGCGUAAAGUUCAAUUCGCAAAAAGCGUUCUUAAGGCAACAAAUGAUGAUGUACAGCUAUGUUGUGAUCCCGGAUGUCAACCCUUCCCUUCCUGUUGUCAAUGUGCAUCUAACUAUACGGAGGAAAUGUUUCCGUUAAACAGGGCAUGUCAUCUAGAGUGUUAAAUGCAAUGGGCCAUUCCGCUGCGUGCCCUUCGCCGUGUGUUUGUGCUACAUUCUAUUUGUUUUGUUAUAUAUUUGUCUCGAUAAAAGGUUCCUAGAUUUCUAAAGAAGCCAUUUCUAGCCAUAGUUCUAUAACUUACAAAUUUUUGUUCAAAGAACAUGAUUUUUUAUGUCUGAUUUUAUUAGUUUUGGAUAAUAUUUCUGCAAUUGACACAGCAAUCGGUUUUUACGACCAUUUG